GAGAGUGAGGGAGCGAGGGAGCGAGGAGCGGCCGGGUGUGAGUGUGUGUGGGGGUGGGGGCGAGUGUGUGUGGGAGUGGGGGUGAGGGAGAUCCAGACAGACCGCGAGGCUGUGAGAAAGUGGGCGAGUGUGCGAGGGCGCCCGGCCUGGCUGCGGGAGCCGCGGCGGUGGAGGAGAAAGGAGGCGGCUCCCGGCAUCCCUCCCCCCUCCCCCCCUCCUUCUCGGACUUCCAGCCCGCCCGGCAGCCCGCGGUUCCCUCGGAGGCCCCAGUCCGGUUCCGCUGGCAGAGAGCGAGGGAGGAGCCGCCCGAGCCAGAAUCUGCAUUCAGGAGGAAAUAAUCCAGGAGAAGGAAGACCAAGCAGAUCAAGAUGUGUAGCUCUGUGGCAGCCAAGUUGUGGUUUUUGACAGAUCGUCGAAUCAGGGAAGACUAUCCCCAAAAAGAGAUUUUACGAGCAUUAAAGACCAAAUGUUGUGAGGAGGAAUUGGACUUUAGAGCCGUGGUGAUGGAUGAGGUGGUACUGACAAUCGAGCAAGGAAACCUGGGUCUACGGAUCAAUGGAGAACUAAUUACUGCCUAUCCCCAAGUGGUGGUAGUGAGAGUACCAACCCCUUGGGUGCAAAGUGAUAGUGACAUCACUGUUUUGCGCCAUUUAGAGAAGAUGGGAUGCCGGUUGAUGAACCGACCUCAAGCCAUCCUGAACUGUGUUAAUAAGUUUUGGACUUUUCAAGAGUUGGCUGGCCAUGGUGUUCCUCUGCCGGACACUUUCUCUUAUGGCGGUCAUGAAAAUUUUGCUAAAAUGAUUGAUGAAGCAGAAGUACUGGAGUUUCCAAUGGUAGUGAAGAAUACUCGAGGUCAUAGAGGCAAAGCGGUUUUCUUGGCUCGAGAUAAGCACCAUUUGGCUGAUCUAAGCCAUCUUAUUCGCCAUGAAGCUCCAUACCUGUUCCAGAAGUAUGUUAAGGAGUCUCAUGGACGGGAUGUGCGUGUCAUUGUUGUGGGAGGCCGUGUGGUUGGCACCAUGUUACGUUGUUCAACAGAUGGAAGGAUGCAGAGCAACUGCUCACUAGGUGGUGUGGGGAUGAUGUGCUCCUUGAGUGAACAAGGGAAGCAGCUAGCUAUCCAGGUGUCUAAUAUCCUGGGGAUGGAUGUGUGUGGCAUUGACCUAUUGAUGAAAGAUGACGGCUCCUUCUGUGUCUGCGAGGCCAAUGCAAAUGUAGGUUUCAUCGCCUUUGAUAAGGCUUGUAAUCUAGAUGUAGCUGGUAUCAUAGCGGACUAUGCCGCCUCCCUCCUGCCCUCUGGCCGGCUCACCCGGCGUAUGUCCCUGCUCUCCGUGGUGUCCACGGCCAGUGAGACUAGUGAGCCGGAGCUGGGUCCCCCAGCCAGCACUGCUGUCGACAACAUGAGCGCAAGUUCCAGCUCUGUUGACAGCGACCCUGAAAGCACGGAGCGAGAGCUACUGACCAAGCUCCCGGGGGGCCUAUUCAACAUGAACCAGCUGAUAGCCAAUGAAAUCAAACUCCUGGUGGAGUGACUCCACCGGUAAAUAAUUAACCAACAAAACCCUUGUAAAACUCACUUUCUUUUUCUUCUUUUUUUUCUUUCUUUCUCUUUUUUUUUUAAACCAACUUGCAAUGCUGUUCAUGGAAGGGUACUCAGGAAGAUGAAAGAAAAUUGAGUAGAAUUAGGAGAGAAGAAAGGGGAGAUAGACUAGACCUCUGCUAUUAAGAUGUUACUGACUUUAAUUUACAGAUAGAAUGGUAGAAGAGGUGAGAUACAGAAAAAUGUCAGGCUCUUAUGUUACCCUUUAAAAUUACUCAAUGUGUAUGCUCUCAGGUCAUGAAGAACACACAACUUUUUUUCAUGGCCCUUUGCUUUUGCUUUUGUACAGUUGCUACAGAUUUUGUCGUAGCGUUACUUCACAUUUCAUUGCAAAGAUUUGUAAUGAGAGGAAAACAUCUACCUAAAUUAUAGGAAUUUUUACAUACAACUCUGAAAAUUCUGCCUUUACCAUAUUAACUAGCAACUUUAUGUUCAUAGUUUAUGAAGUCUUGAGGAGCUCUUUUACUGGGAUUUAUUAUUUCUGUUUUUUGCUUUUCCUUUAAUUUGGGUGGGAGGGCAAUAUUAAUAUGACCCAAUAAAGGUUUCUUAAUGACAGAAUUGGCAUUUUCGUAUGAUGAAAAGGAAAUGAACAGUAUUGCAAUGUCUGGUACACAAAAUGACAUUUACUCCAAUGUAGAUAAAAUUACACUAGUUUAAAAUAUGUGCAUUGACUUGUAUAUGUUAGUGUUUUAAUCUUUUUUGAAAGAUACAUGCUCUGUUAAUGUUGCAAUUUUUUUUUAAUACAUGCUAGUCUAACAUUCCCUGAUCUAUGCCUGCAUCUUUAACAAUGGCCAAAGUGAAGAAAGUGCUACCUUUUUGUUAACAAGACACUGACUUGAAACAUGUGCAUUUAAAGCCUUUUUCUUUUUCCUUUUUUCUUUUGGUGGUUGGGCAUUUAAAGUAUAAGGACAAGGGAAAAUAUUUUUGGGGGGCAAAUCAAGGGCCUAUAAGUUCUUAAGUAUAAAGCUGAAGUGAUUUUAUAAUACCAGCAUUAUAUAUUUACAUUUUUCACAUUUUAGGAGGGAGUAUAUAUAUGUGUGUGUGUGCACGCAUGCAUGUGUAUGUGUUUUGCUUUUUGUUUACACCAACUAAUCAAAAAGGAUAGAUUCUAGAAAAUGGAGCAUGAUGGGGAAACAGUUUUUACUUUAAAUAACAGAUAACUUGUUUUAAUAACUACACUGGGGUAGAGGUACUCACUAAAGACAUAAAGAGAAUAGAUGCUUCUAAGGCCUUUUAAUGUAUAUGUAUGUUGUUUGGUUUUUUUCUUUGGUUCUAGACUGUUCAGUGUAUGAUUUAUUUAAGGCUACAUGCUUUUCUAUGCUUCUGGCUGUGCAUUUUCUCCUAUUACACAUAGGUUUUAGGGUGGGGUGGACUGGACGUUUUUGUUUGGAGACUUAUUUUGCAGUAUUAAGUCUCUUAUAGCCCAACUCCAAAGCCUUCAAUACUGCCCACUCUUCAUAUAUUCCUUUAAUUUCUGAAUUUAUAAAAGCCCCAAAAUGGCAUAUAACACGAGCC